AAUAGGUUAAAUCUGGAUAAUGCAUUGAUUACCGAUAACCCACCAAUGUGUAUACCUUUCGUGAGAAAACAGUAUUUCAUCUAGCCGACGGAGAUUCGCGUUUUCAUUUACGCUUUGUUCUAACGCGUGCAUGUAUUACUGUGUUUUCAGUUGUUCCCAAUGAACUUAUGUCACGACUCGGGAGGACACGCGUAUCCGAUAGAAUAAAUCAAUAAAAUAACAAUUGAGGUUCAUUCAUUUACUCCCCAAUCAUUGCUUCUAUAGUAGAGAGAACUGUCUAGUUCUGCUCUUGAAGAGGGAGAGACCAGCAUAUGCAUUGGAUAAUUUAGUCGCUGUUAACAAGACCAUAAACCUUUAUAAGAGAGUCUAAUCCCAUUAACAGAAGUUUAACAUUUCAUCAAAGGGCAGAAGUAUUGAUCGAUCAUUUCCAAUAUGGCGCUCGGUGUCUGCUCGUAGCAUCAGAGCGAACAAAAAUCGAACUGUGCUGAAAAAUGUCCUUUUUACAAAGACUGCUGCAGAGGAUAUUAUGGACAUAGUUUUUUUUCCGAAUUUAUCGCAUGUGCAGAGGAAAAUGAACGCCAAGCACUGAUGACAUUUUUACAAACAGGCACCCAGCUGGAUCGAUAAGCCGUGGAUGAAGAUGUUUCACCAUUUUUCUACCAGCUCGGAGUCGGAUCACGACAAAAAUGACUGAUGUAGACACUGACCCGCCAACCUCAACUGGACCAUGGCUGUGACGUCGAUAGAAUUACAUCUGGAGGGCACAAGCCCGGUUUAUUUCUCGGGACACAGGGUAAAGGGAGCCCUGGUGGUCCACAUCGGGGUACCCAUCAUCAUCGCAGGGGUCGAAGUACGAUUCCGCGGUGCUGCUCGAGCCAAAUGGAGCGAAACAGUCCAACGAGAAACCUAUAAAACAGACAUUGAACACGAGAAAGAGGAGAUAUAUUUUGAUGACAGAUUUUGUUUGUGGGGUAAAGUGAAUGAACAAAGCCGGUGGGAGGGCAGGGAAGUACUCCAACGAGGGCGCCACAUGUUUCCGUUUCAGUACAAAGUUCCGGAAGGAGUACCAUGCUCGUUUGAAGGACCAGAUGCGCAUGUGCGGUACACAGUUCAGGGGAUCAUAAUUCGAUAUAACGGGGAAUGUAUCAGUACACAGCGGACAAUUAAUGUACUCAGGGAGUUCGAUCCAAGCCGGGAACCCGGGGAUUCUUCUGCCAAUUCGACACCACAUCCAUUAGAAGACCAUGCUGAGAAAGCUGUCCACACUGUCUGUUGUAGACCAGGUCACGUGUCUUGUUCUAUUACUCUGCCCAAGCGCGCUUAUGUUUCCGGAGAGAAUCUUCGGACGGAGGUUGUUGUACACAACAUGUCGAUACGGAAGUCUGGUGCCGUUAGUCUUCAACUAAAACAGAUCAUAUCAUACGGAGGGGUACACACACGGACCUUGCUUCUGAAGGACCAGAAAAUCUGCGAGAGUCUCCGCCCGGGGCAGCACAAGACCUGGCGGGACUACAGCCUCAGGGUCCCCUCCAUGUGCCCCUCCCGCCUCCACAUGUGUAAGGUGCUAGAUGUCCGCUAUUGUAUUGCGGUGGAGGCUAGUUUUGCCGAGGCUGUCCUUUACGCAGCUGUACCAAUCAUCAUUGCCACGGUACCUGACCCUCAUCUCGAAUUCUCCAAAGUUUCAUUCAAAGUCAGUGAACCCCCGCUUAUGACCGACAAAACUGUGACCGAUUGCAUCAUAUAUGGAUGUACGAAAGCGGAAACGGAAGAAGAAGAUGUAAAACCAAAAUACAAAUACUUCGAGGACAUGAAAGACCCCAGGAGGGAAAGGGACAUCGUCAUUAAAUUACGCCAGAGUCCCGGUAUGAGACGAAGAAAAGAAAAAGAAAAACAUAAGGCGGAAAGGGAAAGCAAAGAGCAGGCCAAGCAUCUAGUGAAGUUAAAGUCAGACGAAAUAGUGACGGAAUCGCGCGCAUAGACAUUUUCGAUCAAGAACCCAGAGCCGUUUUCCACUGCCAAACAAUUGCUUUACUUGCCAAAGACCAUUCCUAUCGCUUGGCUAGUGAUCAUUCAUUGUCAUCCGGGUCACUAUACACAUAUUCUCAGGCAUGCUGGACGUGCUGUUUUUACAAAGACUGUAAACCAUAUCUAAAAAUUAACCAACCCUAUAAACCAAAUGUAUUAUAAUAGAUAGCAAAAUACAUGUCGAUAAUGAAAUGGAACAGAUUACAUAGUUUAAAAAUUUCUUUCGGUUUAAGGGAACUGGUAAAUUGUUGCUGUAUCCAACGUUUCCUCUUUGAAAUCAUUGAUUAUUCAUUGGAGUUUUCACCCUUUCCUGUGGAUUAUUGAUAAUCCAAUGUAAAUCUUACUUUUUCUGUGCAUUGAUGGAUAAUCUAUUGGAAUAUUCAACUUUUCCAGUGAGAUUUUGGAUUGUUAAACACUUUCUGUGAAUUUAAGGAUUAUUGGUGUAUUCAACUUUUUUCAGCGGAAUCUUGGAUCAUUCAUUGGAGUAUUCAGCCAUUCAUAUGAAUGUAUUGAUUUUCCAUUGAUGUAUCCAUCGUUUUCAAUGAGAUUUUGAAUCAUUCAUUGGAGUAUUCAACCAUUCAUAUGAAUGUUUUGAUUAUCCAUUAAUGUAUCCAGUGUUUCCAAUGAUGUUUUUGAUCAUUCAUAGGGGUAUUCAACCUUUCCUGUUGAUUUUUGGAUCAUCCAUUUGCUGUUGAUGCAACGAAUCUUCAGAGAGCCAACCAUUUAUAGACUCCACUAAAGGCCCAAGUGUCUUAUUGUUGUCCGUGUGCCACCAAGAGAAAGAGACGUUUUGUACACAUUUAUAUCGCUGGCCGAUGCAGAGGAAUAUUUUUGAUUCCAUUAUUUGUGAACCAAGUGAUCAUUUUAACUUUUUUGUGUGCCGUUGUUGUCUGCUUUUAAUGAUGAAACAUUCUCCGCGUGAUUAAAAAAAAUGAUUCCGGAAAUUUUGUGACUUCAACGCUACGUCUUUACUUAGUUCCUCAGUCUAAAAAUAUGAAUUGUUUUUGUUGUCAGAUACCUUACCAUUAAAAUAGUACAUUUC